CUGAGGCGAGGGGCGGGGCCGGGCCCUGUGCGCCGGCGAUGGCGCCGGGCGGCGCCCGGAGCUGCGCGGGAGGUUCCGGGCGGAGCGGGAGCUUCCGGGAGCGGCCGCCCUCAGGAGGAGGAAGAGGAGGAUGAAGAAGGAGCAGGUGGCGCACUGCCAGUUCUCCGUGUGGUACCCGCUCUUCAAGGCAGUCACCAUCCGCAGUGUUAUUCUUCCCCUGCCAGAGAAUGUGAAAGAGUAUUUGCUGGAUGAUGGAACACUGGUUGUUUCUGGAAGAGAAGAUCCGCCAAGUCAUGCUCAGGAGGGGAGCGAUGAUGCAGAGGAGAUACAGUGGUCAGAUGAUGAGAACACUACAACACUUAAGGCACCAGAAUUUCCCGAGUUCACAGCUAAAGUUCAGGAAGCAAUAAGUUCCUUGGGUGGCAGUGUUUUUCCUAAACUCAACUGGAGCGCUCCAAGGGAUGCCUACUGGAUAGCAAUGAACAGCUCUCUGAAAUGUAAAGCUCUCAGUGACAUCUUCCUCCUCUUCAAGAGUUCAGACUUCAUCACCCGUGACCUCACUCAGCCAUUUAUUCACUGUACUGAUGAUUCCCCUAAUCCUUCCUUGAACUAUGAGCUUGUUCUUCGCAAAUGGUGUGAACUAAUCCCUGGUGCAGAAUUCAGAUGCUUUGUCAAGGAAAACAAGCUUUUAGGUAUAUCACAGAGGGACUACACCCAGUACUAUGAUCAUAUCUCUAAGCAGCACGAAGAGAUCUGUAGGUCCAUCCAGGAGUUUUUCAAGAAACACAUACAAUACAAAUUCUUGGAUGAAGACUUUGUUUUUGAUGUGUACAGAGACAGCAGGGGUAAGAUUUGGUUAAUAGAUUUUAACCCAUUUGGUGAAGUAACAGACUCCCUGCUCUUUACAUGGGAAGAACUCACCUCUGGAAAAAACUUGAAAGGAGACCAGAGUGAAGGGGAAGCAACAGAGCAGGAUUAUCCAGUGUUCCGUUGUACCAACAGCAAAGUCACCGUCCAGCCCAGCCCCUACCUGAGCUACCGACUGCCCAAGGACUUUGUGGACCUUUCCACAGGAGAGGAUGUUCACAAAUUGAUUGACUUUCUAAAACUGAAAAGAAAUCAGCAAGAGGAUGACUGAGGUACCCAGAAGCAUUACAUUGAAUUACAAGCAAGAAAUGUGGCAAAAUCUGUAUUUAGCAUAACUAUUAAACUAUUGAUUUAAAGGAAACCUGCUUUUUAUAGUCAAUGAAAGACCUGAAGAGCUGUUCAUCCCCAGUGUCUGUCGGUUUAUAGAAAAGUGUAGGGAAGCUUUUUCAGGGAAACAUGAAAGGUCAGGGUGAGUUCUCAGUGGAUUCCAGGUGCAAAGAAGCAACAGCCUGAGUGCAGCUGAACGAGUGCUUUCCAUUUCUCAUAAUGUGAGGAUUGAUGCCACUGAGCUAUGCCUUUGGACUCCCCAGUGUAAAUAUGGCAACACAUAAUGUUUGUGCAGUAACAACAUGGAGCAUUCUCUGCAUUUAGGCACUGUCUUGCUUAAUAUGUAGUCACAAAGAAAAAGGAAUGUACAUUUUUAUCUGUAGUAACCUUUUAAAAUUGUAAAUUGAUUUUGUUUUGGGAGCGCUUCUCAUCCUUUAUGUAAAAAAAAAUUUAAAAAUGGAGAAGGGAUUUUUUUCUUUGUUACAAGGGCUAAUAUUUCAUUUCAGAGAACAGCUAUAGCCGUAGUAAACUAUUUAAAGUUUGAAAAUUUUACAUAUUGGGAAUUUGAAAUUCUGAAUGCAUUUAAAGUAAAGUAAUAUUUUCACAGUUGCUAAAGUGAAACAAAAUUCAUUUAACUUCACCAAAUUUAAUUUCAUUUUCAUAGUAAAGCUUUCUUGAAACCUGUUUUUUUAACAUGAUUACAUACUAGACAUCAUCUGUGAUUUUAAUCUACAUAAUUAACAUCAACCUAUAAUUUUAUAUACAGACUUAGUCUUGUUUCUUUUAUGUCACAUUUCUGAGUUUCUUAGGAAAGCAAUUACUCUUUCAGAUCUUAAAAUUCUGUAUUUGUUUGGUACUUCAUGUUUUUUGUAUAAAGGGAAGCUUGGCUAAAUCUGGGGAAACAGAAGCUCUUGUUACCAAUUGCUGUUGUUUGGGAGGUGGGGGAGGACAGUUUUAGGUGAAUCACCAGCUGACUUUUGGAUAUAGGUGUUUGUAUGGCAUCAGUAAUUUAUUAACAGUGUGCAGAGUUCCCAUUGAAACAAAAGGACAUUUGAAGAAGCUCAUAACCCCUGGAGGCUGGUUCCUAUUUCAAACCAGUUAUGUGAUACUGUGUGUGUGUGUGUAUAAAGCUGUUUGUGUUUCUUUGCCUUGCUUUUGCUGUCAGAUUGGAAUGGUGCUUGGUUACAAUCUGUUCUUGGAUGUUUAAUCUGAGCUAAGUUGUUAAAUUAUUACCUAAUGUCUUCAUCUUCUCUUUUGAAUGAAAACUUACUUGAGUUAAAGAUUAUGCAGAUUAAAAAUCCACACAUUGAUGAAACAUCACAGAUGAAAGCUGCUGGAGUCAGAACAGUCUGCCCUGAAUUGAAGCAUUGUUUGAAGCAUUGGAACCUGCUUCUCAACAGCUUUUUGUAUUCAAAUUAGAUGAUAUUAACUCAGGGCUGGGCUAUACCUAAUCCUCCCAUACUGCAGGAUUUUGGAUGAGUAUUUCUCACACUCACCAGAGGGAUAAUUUGAGUAUAAAUGUCUCUAAAUCUGGUAGGAACCUCAAAGUGUAAAAAAUGAACAAAGCUUUCCUCUUUGUUAUAAAGUUUCUAGCCAUGACUUAAACUGUUGUGAUGAUCUAACCACACUUCCUUCCUUUACACAGAUGAUGCCCUGAACUUCCAAUAGAUCCAUAAAUGCUUCUAAACUACAGAUUAUUGUCUUUAAAAACAAAGUCUUAGUUUAAAGUUGGAAGACAGUUUCCCACCUCUUCCACGUGGGCUCCACAAAUCAGUUUACCACUUUCUCAGCUGUGUUUGCUGAAUGUUCACCAAAACAUAUUUGAUGAUGGGACCAGUUUCCUGGGAGCCUGUGCACCCUGGAGUGUCCCUUUAGGUGGGUAGGCUGGAGUUUUUCUCUUCUGUGAAAUGUUGACAGGUGCCCAGCCUGAACUGAUGGGCUGCUCAGCCAAGCUGAACUGCAGUUCAGAGUUGCAGGAACUUGUUCUGCUUCCUUUGGGCUAACUACUAGUGAAGAACCUUAAAAGGCAGCAGAGCAAAAAUACUGGCUCCAUGUUCAGAACUGGUACAGAAACAAUCCCCAAUAUAAAAAUAUGAUCUACAAGAUCAGGUCCCCCAAAAUACCAUACCCUUACAGUUUAAAUACAUUAGAUGUACUUUGCUUUUUCCCCAACUUCAGGUAAUCAAACAGUGAAUUUUAUUUGGCUGUUAAAUUAGAGAUUCCUCUUCUAAAAGAAUUUUCACUCUAUAUGUCCUUUUGAUCUCCUAGGAUAAUUAACAAACAGUUUCCCUUUGGGGAGCUGAGGGAGCUAAUGUUGGUAGAUUAAAAAUGCUUCAGAUCAAUUUUACACUGAAUAGUACAUGACAUUUUUCUAUUCCAUCAUAAAAGCAGUUUCUGCCUUUAGCCAUCAUAUACAGAAAUUUGAAAAUACAAUUUUUCAGUUGUUCAGGUCCUUGUUCAUGGGAUUUAAUUAUAUCAUCACCAUUUGCUGAGUAAGGGCCAACUGUAUACUAUAUAUUCUUAAUUAUAUGCUUAAAACACAGUGUGAAGAUGCUUGCAGUCUCAUCUAGAUGACAAACAGAAGUUUUAGAGGGAGGUAACAUGCAGUCAUUUUAUACAGAUCCUGUGCCUGCCAAGCCCUGCAGAAGUCUGGCUGUGUCUGAUGGCUCCAGCAGUGAGAUUCAGUUCUUGGGCUGCAGCUCUGCCAGGAGUGCCAAGGAAAAGUCCUCAGUGUUUCACAGCCAAUGCUUGUGAUGUUUAAUCUCCCAGAUAGAUGGUGGGGAUGAGGAUUCCUGUAACCCCAUAAGCAGCAGUUUUUAACAUGUCCUGGCUUAGUUGAGGAUUUGGAGUAAUGCUCCUGUCACUCUAGGCUUCAGACUGUCCAUGCUGUUUGUUCUCUUUUGACUCUUCUUUCUCCAGUGUUGUCCAUGUCUUUCCUCAUCCCUCAGCCUUUUCUUUGGAUAAAUAUUAAGAUCAGAAUUGGUAGCAGCAGCAGCAUGGAUAAUAGUGAGCUGAAUUUUAAAACCUUUCUCUAUCCACUUUUCCCCUCCCUCUUACUAAGGCACUUUUUUGAGUGGUGCUCUAUAAUACCUAAAAAAACCCCUAAACUCUAAAAGUAGGGGAGAAAUACCCAGGUCUGAGUCUCAGUAAAAUCAGUAGCCCUUGUUGGAUGCUGAUCACAAAUUGUAAAAAUCCACAUAACUGCAUCUGGCUAGACAUCUCACCUGCCUCAUUGUUACAUACUCACCUGCUGCUCAUGUCUAGGGUGCAGAGAAAAGGUGCCCUGUGAGAUGCAGUUCAGGUGCUCAUAUGAACAGGAGACCCUUAGACACUCCUGGUUUCAGGCUUUCAGGUGAGCAUUGCUGCCAGGUGAAAGGACCCCAAACCAGAUCAGGGACACUGUGGAGGUGGGUAAUAGCAUGGCACAAACCUUUGUAAAAAUCCUUCUGUACCUCUGUGCAUGGCUGAGUUCAGCUGUUCCCAAUGUGAAGUGUCAAACAGCCAGAGAGGAGCACAGGGUGUUUUGUCUGUGAGCAUAAACAGGCAAAUCUGCUUGGCAGCUGGUAAUUUAUUUCAACCUUAGAGGCCAGAAAUAUCAAUUCUGGUUGUAUUGGGACACAUGUUACAUUUUGUACAUUAGUUCAAGAAAUAAUACUGAACUAAAAUACAUGUUUUUGGCCAAGAGAAGAUGGACCUGAAGUGUAACACAGAAGCAGACCAUGGUGCUUUUGAUUCACGAAGGACACUUGGUAACACUGAUACUUAAUAAAUCUACCUUAGCAAAAGCUUGUCUGGAUGUUGAAUUAACAGUGUCUUCUAUUUGAAUUUGAUGACUUUUGUAAAGAGACAAUCUCCAACUUGUGGUCAUGCUGACAUUAUACAGAGCUAAAAUAAGACUUGUUGCCAUAACUGCUAUAUUUGGUGUAAUCUUGAAGCUUUCUCAAAGAUACAGAGCCCUUAAGCAGUUUUGUGUGAUUACAGGAUUUUGUAAUAAUAAUGACAUUGGCACUGCAGUAAGUCUGGUUUUGGUUUUUUUGGUUCUUUCUUUUGG